AUGUCUCGCUACGAUGGAGCCAUUACUGUCUUCAGCCCAGACGGGCAUCUCUUUCAGGUUGAAUAUGCUAUGGAGGCCGUUCGAAAGGGCACACUUGCCGUAGGAGUAUGUGGCACAGACUGUGUAGUGUUGGGAGUUGAGAAAAAGUCGACCGCUAAACUUCAAGAUCCGAGAACUAUGCGGAAGAUACAAACAGUUGAUGACAAAAUAUGUGUCGCUUUCGCUGGGUUGACAGCUGACGCCCGAAUUCUCAUAAAUAGGGCUCGCACUGAGGCGCAGAGCCACAAAUUAACGCUCGAAGAUAGCGUACCUGUUGAAUAUAUGACCCGUUUUAUAGGAGGAGUUCAGCAGAAGUACACGCAGAGCGGCGGUGUUCGCCCGUUUGGUCUCUCAACUUUGAUUGCAGGAUUUUCUCCCGAAGGAAAGCCUCAGCUGUUCUAUACGGAUCCUUCUGGAACUUAUUCAGAAUGGCAGGCUAAUGCAACCGGUCGUAACUCGAAGGUUGUUCGUGAAUGGCUAGAACGACAUUACGCUAAAGCGAGUGGAUCCGAUGUUGUCAAGCUAGCCCUACGUGCACUCCUUGAGCUCGUUGAACCCGGCAGUAAAAAUAUCGAAAUCGCCACUGUAGGACUAGCUGGCACUAGUAUCCUUAGCAGCGGCGCGCUUGACUCGCUUAUCAAUGAAAUCGAAGGUGAGAAGGAUGAAGCUGAGAAGGUGAAGAAGGAGACAGCAAGACUUCAGGCUGAACGUGCGCUCGCGGCAGCGGCAGUAACAACAGGUUUUGAGUAGUUUCACAAGUUACCGGACCCGCCCGAUAUGACAGUUUUUAGUUUGAAGUCCGGCUUCAACUUGAUAAAACUUUGUGCUGUUACUGAUGGCAAGCUUUGCUCAAAAGUUUUGGCAGGCAACAAUUUGAAUUUGGGAGUGGCGGGCACGCGUGACGUGAGUUCGUCUUUUAAUUUUUUAAAGAGACGGUGGUUACUCU